AUGAAAUGUGAGCAGUACGCUUGUAGGCCAGAAGUGCGCUUGCUUCAAGAUUACGUUGGCAUUAACACCUCGCCGGGGAGAAAUUUAAGGUCGGCCGUCGAUUUAUUAAGAAGGUUAGGAGAUACACAGAACAUUAAAGUGACCGUUUACGAGGCCAAGCCGAACUACCCUGUGGUCAUAUUCAAGUGGCCGGGACUGGAUCCUAAGCUACGCAGCAUUCUUCUUCUUUCUCAUAUGGACGUCGUUCCCGCGUGUUACGAGGAUGGUUGGACUUACCCUCCGUUCUCCGGUGAAAUCAAUGACCAAUGUGAAAUUGUAGGGCGCGGCACUCAAGAUAUGAAAUCUAUUACAAUCCAAUACUUUCAAGCUCUCAAAAAUCUUAAAGAAAAUAACGUUACAUUGCUUCGAAAUGUCUAUAUGGUUGUCACGCCAGACGGAGCAGUUGGAUCAAUGAACGGCAUAGUGCCUUUUAUAAAAUCUAAUACAUACAAAAAACUGAAUGUGGGAUUUGUCUUAGACAGAAGUAUCCCUAAUCCAAAUAAUGAAAUAUUUAUAUUUAAUAGCGAUAAAACAACACGCGUAUUCCGUAUUGACUGCUACAAUCCAUCAACUUCUAGUUCAUUCUUGCCAAGUAUUGACACAACCUCAUAUGGAAAGUGCUCAAAAUUCUACAGUUAUUUCGAACAAUACAGAGAGGAGCAGUAUAAUAUAUUAUUAAAAACAACAAAUCCUGGUGAUUUUACUGCAGUUAAUUUUGUCGGCGAGCGGAUACGUGGUUGGGCUUCUGGGGCGGGAAAAAAUAUCACGAUUAGUGUUGUUUAUACGAGAAAAAGAACGUAUAUUACGAAAGUGAAUCGUAAAAAUCCUUAUUGGGUGGCAAUUAAUGAAGCUUUUAACGAUCUAAAUAUUCCCAUAAAUCAGACUUCAGGUUACACCACAGCUGACAUAUCCUUCGUUGUAGGAACUGGUGUACCAGGAUUUGCUAUAACCCCUCAAAGGAAUACACCAAUUUUAGUGAACGGAAUUAACGAAAGGUUAUCGUUACCAGUCUUUUUCGAGGGAAUCAAGAUUUACGAAAGAAUUUUAAGACGUAUUGCGAAUUUAUGUGAUGAUCAGGUCAAUGAUGAUCCUACAGUUUAUUUGAUAAAACCACGUGUUUUAUAA